GUCCCUGUCAUGCCCACGAAGGGUGGGCGCGUCUUUACCGACUGCCGGCACGGAUCCGCAGAUGUGCUGGGCGCUUAGAUGCCUGCGGCUAUGCAGAGACGCAGUCCAGAGCGGUGACCCCAGAUCCUGGUGGGGGCUGGAUCCCAGGGCCCCGACAUCCCUUUGCAAUUUCCAGCCAGCAGCUAAAGACUCCCCUUCCGGGGCUUUAAAGAGAGGCUCCAGGCUCGCGAUCCACGAACACACAAAAACCUUCCAUGCUGAUGUUCUGAAGAAAAGCCCCGCCUCAGCUCUGUGAAUGCUAAUAAUGGGGAAGAUUUGUUCUCUCUUGGGUGUGUGUACAGGUGGAACAAUCUGCAGAAAAAGGCCUUUUUUCGGAAAAUCUUUUCAGUUUGAAGUUUCAGCAAAUCCAUUUUUCAUUUCCUUGCAUUUGGGGAGAUGACAUGGAAUUUAAGCUCCAGCUUUGGGGCUGUCUCUGAAGUUCUGGGGUUGGGCUGACCUUUCUCGGGAUGAGGUUUUGAUUUGGAGGAAGUAAAAUGGGUUUUGUCUUAACCUGUGCUCGUUCUUUAAACUUCUGAGGCCGGGGGCCGUGGACUUACUGACAUCCUGUAUUCUCUCACCUGCAGCUAGGAGAAAAGAUGUUCACUGUGCUGACCCGCCAACCAUGUGAGCAAGCAGGCCUCAAGGCCCUCUACCGAACUCCAAUCAUCACUGCCUUGGUGGUCUUGCUUGUGAGUAUUGUGGUGCUUGUGAGUAUCACUGUCAUCCAGAUCCACAAGCAAGAGGUCCUCCCUCCAGGACUGAAGUAUGGUAUUGUGCUGGAUGCCGGGUCUUCUAGAACCACAGUCUACGUGUAUCAAUGGCCAGCAGAGAAAGAGAAUAAUACCGGAGUGGUCAGUCAAACCUUCAAAUGUAGUGUGAAAGGCUCUGGAAUCUCCAGCUAUGGAAAUAACCCCCAAGAUGUCCCCAAAGCCUUUGAGGAUUGUAUGCAAAAAGUCAAGGGGCAGGUUCCAUCCCACCUCCACGGAUCCACCCCCAUUCACCUGGGAGCCACGGCUGGGAUGCGCUUGCUGAGGUUGCAAAAUGAAACAGCAGCUAAUGAAGUCCUUGAAAGCAUCCAAAGCUACUUCAAGUCCCAGCCCUUUGACUUUAGGGGUGCUCAAAUCAUUUCUGGGCAGGAGGAAGGGGUAUAUGGAUGGAUUACAGCCAACUAUUUAACGGGAAAUUUCCUGGAGAAGAACUUGUGGCAUAUGUGGGUGCACCCGCAUGGAGUGGAAACCAUGGGUGCCCUGGACUUAGGUGGUGCCUCCACCCAAAUAUCCUUUGUGGCAGGAGAGAAGGUGGAUCUGAACACCAGCGACAUCAUGCAGGUGUCCCUGUAUGGCUACGUGUACACGCUCUACACACACAGCUUCCAGUGCUAUGGCCGGAAUGAGGCUGAGAAGAAGUUUCUGGCAAUGCUCCUGCAGAAUUCUCCUACCAAAAACCAUCUCACCAAUCCCUGUUACCCUCGGGAUUAUAGCAUCAGCUUCACCAUGGGCCAUGUAUUUGAUAGCCUGUGCACUGUGGACCAGAGGCCAGAAAGUUAUAACCCCAAUGAUAUCAUCACUUUUGAAGGAACUGGGGACCCAUCUCUGUGUAAGGAGAAGGUGGCUUCCAUAUUUGACUUCAAAGCUUGCCAUGAUCAAGAAACUUGUUCUUUUGAUGGGGUUUAUCAGCCAAAGAUUAAAGGGCCAUUUGUGGCUUUUGCAGGAUUCUACUACACAGCCAGUGCUUUAAAUCUUUCAGGUAGCUUUUCCCUGGACACCUUCAACUCUAGCACCUGGAAUUUCUGCUCACAGAAUUGGAGUCAGCUCCCACUGCUGCUCCCCAAAUUUGAUGAGGUAUACGCCCGCUCUUACUGCUUCUCAGCCAACUAUAUCUACCACUUGUUUGUGAACGGUUACAAAUUCACAGAGGAGACUUGGCCCCAAAUACAUUUUGAAAAAGAAGUGGGGAAUAGCAGCAUAGCCUGGUCUCUUGGCUACAUGCUCAGCCUGACCAACCAGAUCCCAGCUGAAAGCCCUCUGAUCCGUCUGCCCAUAGAACCACCUGUCUUUGUGGGCACCCUCGCUUUCUUCACAGCGGCAGCCUUGCUGUGUCUGGCAUUUCUUGCAUACCUGUGUUCAGCAUCCAGAAAAAAGAGGCACUCCGAGCAUGCCUUUGACCAUGCAGUGGAUUCUGACUGAGCCUUCAAAGCAGCUCCUGGAGUCCAAUGGCUGCUUAGUCAGCCUGGGUGGCACCAGGCAAUGCAGGUGAAGUGGCUGCCUUCAGGAAAUACAACUAACUAAAAUCAAACACCUAGGUCAUGUGCCUCUCAAAUACUGAUUUCUGCCACAGCACCUCUUGGGGUGGCAUUGGCUAUUCUGUGCAUAUUGUUCUUCACAGACCUCACUACCCACGUGCUGAUCUAUUGGGGAACAGAGAAGAGACAGGCCAUCAAGGUCAGGCUCUUUAUUUUAAGUCCCCCAGAGGAAGAGUAAGUUGAGAAGGUAUCAGUUUAAUGUUGAAGAAUUGACCUCAGGGCUCAGUUUCCAUUUCCCUCCCUCAGUAUUCUUCCUGGCAAGAUAUCCAUUAAGCAUUUCGCCAAUCAGAUAUCUCAUUUUAUAGUUUUUUCCCAUUGGUCUUUAACCAAGACUUUCUUGUAGCAAUCUCGUAAGCAGUGAACCCCCUCAGAUCAGUAGAAUAUAGUAUCUGGGGGAGAAGACUUACUUCCUUCAGGGCAGCGGCCACAGCCAGGCUUCUGUCACACAGGUGGAUCCCGAAGCACAGAGACAUAAAAAAGGUCUCCCAGAAAACUAUAGACCAUUCUCCAAGUGGAAUUCCCACUUAGGGCUCUGGUCACUAGAUUGCAACCUGUGUGUUUGUCAUCCUCCUCAUCUCACCAUUGUAUUGCUAUGCCCUCCCAUAAAAACACAUUGAUCCCUAGCAAGAUUAUUGCAUUCCAGAUUUUGCUGCCUUUGCUAGGCUUUUGCUUAGCAAAGGGCUGCCCUUCCAUUGUUAUCAUGGUGUAUAUAUUUUUGUCACCAUUCCCACAAGUAUACUUGUUGUCAUAGAACAUCCUACUCUGUGAUUUACUAACCAAUUACUUUCCUAGAUCAUAGACCUCUCUGCAUAGUAGUCAUAGGUCUUGACUUUGGGGAAAGAAAAGGAAGCUGCAGGAAUAUUUAUCUCCAAAGUCAAAUGAGAAAGAACUCCAGCAAAUCCAAUGGCUACAAACUAAAAAUCAGCAUUAUUUCAUAUUGCUGUUUCUUAGCUGAAUAUGGAAUAAAGAACUAUUAUUUUAUUUUGACUUGCAA